CCGAGAAGCCCCGGGGAAGAUGAGGAAAGGCGGAGGAGAAAAACAGCAUUGGGGCAGGUUGUUGCUAUUGCAAUUUGGAAACAACCGAAAAGUGUACAGCCGGUUGAAAAGAGUGCGGAAAGGAGCAAACGGAGUCGACCUGUCCGUAGCUUUACCAAGGAAGGAGGCGGAAUUUUAAUUAUUCCGGGGAGGCGAGAUUCUGGAGCCGCGGCUACUUGAAGGAAAAAGCUGGGCUCUGCUUUUUACAGGGAGAAAAGAGGCGGGAGGGUGGAGUUUCCAUUUCUCCCCUCAAUGUCAGUCUUGGGAGCAAAAGGAGCGGGCAUUUUGUACCACUCUCAUCUAAAGGACUCGGGGCGUGUCCGACUUUGUCUUUCCCACAUUGCAGCGUAGCCCUUGGCCCCUUGGCAUUGCGAGAGGACUGCAAGAGCCCAAGGACUGCCAGAGGCCGAGGGGCCUUCCUCCGAUCCCCUCCUGACAAAAGGAGACGGAGGCGGUGUCUGGAAGGGGUGAGUGGGGAGCGUCAGCAGGAACGCCGCCCAGUUGAGUUACUUUACUUCAGUGGGUUUUAGUCUUACCGGAGCAAGCCCGCGCCUUAACUCAGGCGGGCGAUGAACGGCUUUGGCCCCGAGGAAGUGACCCGCGGUGGGGGAGAAGCCGCCGCCGUCCCAGCCGUUGUAGCUAACGCUACCGCCGCGGUGGAAGUCCUGCCGCCCCCGCCCCCCCUUCCGCAGCCGACGGCCGGGCUGGGAGCGACUUCGUCGGCUGCUGCUGCGAUAGCCGCGGGCUCAGCCGGUCCCCUUGGGACUGCAGGACCCGGUGCUGGGCAGUUAUGCUGCUUACGGGAGGAGGGCGAGAGAUGUAACCGAGCUGCGGGCAACGCCAGCUUCAGCAAGCGGAUCCAGAAGAGCAUCUCGCAGAAGAAGGUGAAGAUCGAGCUGGACAAAAGUGCAAGACAUCUUUAUAUUUGUGAUUUCCACAAAAACUUAAUUCAGAGUGUCAGAAACAGAAGAAAGAGAAAAGGCAGUGAUGAUGAUGGUGAUUCACCAGUGCAAGACAUCGACACUCCAGAGGUUGAUCUGUUUCAGCUGCAAGUAAACACACUAAGAAGAUACAAAAGGCACUUCAAAUUACAGACCAGACCCGGACUUAAUAAAGCACAACUUGUUGAAAUAAUUGGAUGUCAUUUUCGGACUAUUCCAGUGAAUGAAAAGGAUACCUUAACCUAUUUCAUCUAUUCAGUGAAGAAUGACAAGAACAAAUCUGAUCUAAAAAUGGAUAGCAGUAUUCACUAAAUAAACAAACUUAAGACUUACAGACCUGAAGACUGGUUUGGAUGUUCUGAGCUUUUUUUGUAUUAGUAUUCAGAGUAUUCUGAUGUUAUUUUUCUUGGGAAAAUACUAUUCUCAUAAAUUAGGUUUCCAUGAUGAAAGUAUUUUAAAUAAAUACUAUUGAUGUCCCUGUGCCUAUAUCGGAAUAAUAUCUGACAUUUCUGUAAGCUUUAAUAUUAAAGCUCCAUUUCAUUUAUUCAGAAUUAUGUCCAAAGAAUAUUUUAUUUAUUUUCAUUUAUUCAGAAUUAUGUCCAAAGAAUAUUUUAAGGCCUUUAUGCAUCAGAGCUCUUAUAUUUUCUCAGGUAUAUAUUUUUAAAUCCUUAAUACCUUUCUAAGCAAAAUUUAAAGAUUAUGUAAAGUCACACACUUUACACUUCUAGAGAUUUGUCAGUUGACUAAAUUAGUACCUGUUUGUGUAAAAGCCUGGGAAAUGUUGAUUACAAACUGUUUUAUGCUGAGUAGUUUUGUAUGAUGUCUGAAUUCAUUGAUCCUUGCAACUGCAUUGCAGCUGCAGAAGAUUAUCACCUUGGAAAGGAAGAAUUUUGAACUAAACACUAGAACUACUUUUGUUUUUCAAAACACACUUCAUCCAUUUGAAUGUUGCUCAUGCUUUUUAAAUACAUACAGAUUUUAUAAUGAAAGUGGUUGAACAAGGAUAAGUAUAUUUAGCUAUAACAUUCCUUGAUGUCUUUGUAUGAUUUUGAAUAUUUCAUCUGAGUGACCUCAGAUGCUCUUGUUUGCACGAUUUGUCCUUUAUGUUGUAUGAUAAAAGUAGUGAUAAGAAUAGUGCUUGUUUUUUUAAUUGACUGUAAAGUCUGUAUGCAUUUAAAACAAAUGUAGGCUUGUUUGAAAACUCCAAGCAUGAUUUGCCCUCUGUGCCAUGCCUACUCUAAAUCAUGAUUUAGAUGACAUUAAUGAGUCUUAAGGCUCAUUUGUGACAUUAAGGAACCAACAUGUCUUUUUUAUUUUAAAUGAACUCGUUAUUAGGGUAUUCAGCAUUCUGGAUAGGAAGAAAAAAGGUGUUUUUGAGAUGCAUGAUAAUGCAUUCUGAAUCUGUGAGCCUGCAUAUGAUGCUGCAUUUGUUUUCUGGGCUUGCCCGGUGUCUAUAAUAAAGAUUCAGAAAAAAGAAUCAUAUUUAACUAAGGAGGAACUGGCAUUGAUAUGCAUGGCAUAAUAUCUCAAAGACAUACAUAUUUUCCUGAAAUCAUGUAGCUGCUAUGCAGUGUCUUUGAGGAAAUACCAAGAAGCAUAAUCAUGCUUGGUAUUUCUUCAAUCAUGCCAGCACCUUUACUUUUCAGAUAAUGUGCUGGAAGUCUAUACUUACCUAUUAUAUUACAGUCUAUAAUAACAACCAUUUGAUUUUGUGGUCAGAAACGAAACUAUAAAUUUACUGGAAUGUCUUGAAUUGCUGUCCUAACUGCUAACUGCUACACUUUGUAUAACUGAUUUAUUUUCUUCAGCAGCAGACAAGCAAUAUAGUCCUCAACGUUCCAUCACAAUUGAGCCCAAAAAUUUUGUUGCUAAGCAAAGAAUAGACAUAUCAGAAAUAAGCAAGUGUCACCAACAGUUUUCCAAUUGCCUUCUACAUUGCAGGGCAAUAUAUUUCAGGAAUGUCCAUUAGAGCUAUGACAAGAUUUGUGUUUUGAGAAUUAAUUGUAGAUAUUUACUUUAUGACAUGCAUGUUGUAAGGCCACUCAACUCACGUGAUGUGAGUCUGGGCUGAAAACGAAAAACAAGCAAAAUACAUUAUUAAAAAAAUUCCAAUAAAUAAAAUAUUUUAUGGCAGAGAAACAAAAUAAUUAAACAAAGUCCACUUGACCCAAAUGUUGGUAAAGUCAAGGUAUAGCAGAAGUACAACUUGAUAGACCGUGGCCAGAUAUGAAAAAACACUCAAUGGUGCCCUACCAGAUCUUCUUGCUAAGUUUAAAUCUCUAUUCCUCACAAUCCCGUCUACUGUGUUUCCCCAAAAAUAGGACCUACCCCCCAAAAUAAGCCCUAGUUUGGUUUUUACACUUGCACCUGAUAUAAGCUCUACCCUGAAAAUAAGUCCCAGUGGAGGGUAUGGUCAGCACAGGAGUUGAUUCUUUGUCCAAGGAGCAGAUGGAGGGAGAGGUAAGGGGGUGAGGCAGACAAUCCAGAUGCAGCAUGCGAACCAUGGGAAAGUCAACAGUCAGAUGGAGGGAGAGACGUGGCGGAAUGCAUUCCAGGUGAUCUUGAAGCACCAAACAGCCUGUGGGAAAGCUAAGAGUCAGUGGACUGGUGUCUCUCGACUUGCCUGCAAUCAACAUAGCAUGUUGGGAUUGCCUGCCUUUCACCCCAUUGUUCGCCUCUGCUGCUGGUGCUGCCAUAUGAAGACAAGAUUCCUGCAUCCGGCUGCCUGCUCGGCCCACUGUUUUACCUUUCAUGCAGUCUGUGUGGCGCAUCCAGAUUGCCUGCCUCACCACUGCCUUUGCCUAUGUCUGCUGCUUGAAUAAGGAAUCAACUCAUCUGCUCUGCACAGGCUGCGCAGCCCCAGAGUCUGCCGACCAAGAGAUUGGGCUGCAUCUGCUGCAAGAUACCAUCAGUUCCCAUGCACGUACCAUCUUGUGUGUGCGCCGGCAUGGGGAGGGACACCAGCCGUACUGAUCACCCUGAAAUUGUGUUUUCCCAAAAAUAAGCCCUAGUGCUUCUUUUGGAGCCCCCCAAAAUAUAAGACUGGGUCUUAUUUUUGGGGAAACAUGGUAUUUCACUGCACAUUGUCUCCCAGUCUUGAAUUGACUUUACAUAUAGCUCUUCCAACAUAUAUAGUAAGAUGGAGCCAGUGAAUGAGAAGUUCUGAGUAAUUAUAUUUGUAUUAUUACAAUAUCAAGUUUGAUAAAUUAACAGAUUAAUAUUGAAACUGUAAUGUUAAACAAGAAUUUAAAUUUGAGUGGACCAUACAGCCCUAUUCAUGUUUAUGUCCCUUUGUUCAAUAGUUUGUUCUCAAUACACUACAUUUUAAACCUGAAAUUCAAUAAUUAUAAUUUCUUUUCACUAAUUCCACUUAGGUAUUAAAAUUGAUGCUGCAGUUUUUACAGGAUUCUCUGUAUUUUCGUAAGAGUAAACAUUGAAAGAAAUGGUGCAAAAGCUAAGAGAUUGGAUUAUACAAAACUUGAGUAAUAUGUUUUGUUUAAUUAUUGGAUUUAGACCCUUGGGAGCUUAUGAUGGCUCACCCCCUCAUUUCUUCAACAGUCAUAUAAAAGUUUGCUAAAGAGUUACUGAUCUUCAAAGUCAACUUGAAACUUGAAUCCAAAUUUCACAGAUCCUGUGAAUCCAGUGUUAUGACAACCAUAUUUUAUUAAACCAUGUCUUUAGAUUUGGUAUAAUCUGCCUUAGUUAAGCAUCAGUGGGAUAUGUAAAAUGUACACAGACAUCCAUAGGAAACUUUCUGUUUACUCUCAGAAUGAUUCUAAACAAAAAACAGAACAAUACUAUAAAAAUACCUGCUUAGCAGGGGAGAGUAGACUUUAUUUACAUUUUUAUAAAUGUAAAAAUAUAAAAAAGCAAUAAAAUACACUUUCAGCCUGGUAUAAGGCAAAUUAGGAGGGCCCACAACUGUGAGCUUGUUUUGUUUGAAAUUCCUGGCUUGAUCACAUUUAGAGGAGCCAGUCUAAGGAAAACUAAUUCUGGCACUGGAUCCCACUGAACCCAGUGGUACUUAUUUUACAUAAGCAUGCAUAUGAUUUCCUCAACAGCAUGUUUUUAAGAAGAUAGCUGCCUAUAGUAGCCUUCCUACUCCAUGCUAAAAAUCUAAGCAGACUGCAUAUUAUAUUCCUACUUGACCUAAAAACAAAUUCAAUUUAUAAACAUUUUAGCAGCUAAAAAGAUACAGUGAUCAAAAGCUGCUUUGCAUGAAUGUCUUCACCUGUCAAACUACUGUUAGAAUUUGUCAUAUUAGCAGACUCAUAAGAAGGAAGAUAUUUUGAUGGCAAUGAUUUUUGAAAUCCUAUU